UUUGUGGGCUCUUCAGAGCCGCUCUGCGCGGCCGCUCUGUUCCCCCGGCAGCCCUUUGGCCUGCUUGCCUCCUCCCGCGUGUGAGGGAAGGGCGAGGCCUAGCUCCCUUUGAGGUGAGCGGGCUGCGUCGCCAUGGAAACCCGCGCAGCUUCUGCCCAGAGAUGAGGGCCGGCCUGCCCGUGAGGCGAGGGAAUCUGAGAAGCGCCCUACCUUCCCCCAUUGUCAGGUGCGUGUGCAGGAGCCAGGCCCUGUGACCAGCAGGACUUUGCAGGACUGGGGCCUUCCUAAGUUUGUUCUGAAGAGGCAAGGCACGGCCUCACAGGCUCAGCAGGGCAAGCAAGAAGAGAAUAACAUCAUCUGGGCAGAAGGCUUUUCUAAUGAUACCAAGUCAACGGAAUCCAGAAUCUGAAUCUUUUUAAUAACCAUUGCGUGGGAAGAGUUCUUACCUAACUGGACCUUUGCAACUGGCACGUGGAGAAAGAACUCACAAAGUAAUGGAGAGAAAACGUUUGAAACAAGAGAUUGAAAAACUCUUGGGAGAUUAUGUUGGUGUCAGACUUCGAGAAAAUGAAUUUGACCCACAAGGAAAGAGGAAGACUACCUUUCUAGAUGACUUGGCUCACUAUGACCUGGCCAUAAAUGUUGCUUUACCUUGGCUCAAUGAUUCAGAAGCCCAAAUGCCUUGGGGAAAAGAAAAAAGGAAGCUACCAUUUCAUCGACGAUAUGUUUAUCCCAACCGAAUUGAAAGAGAAGCUAUGAUUUUAUCAUCUUAUGCCGGGAUGCUAAUGAACAGCAUUCCUGUUGAAGAUGUCAUUGGGAUUUAUACCACUGGAGCCUGUGCAACACACUGGCAGAGUUCUACAAAAGGCCACCGAAUUCAUCCUUGUAAUCUCUCACUGCAUCCUUUUGCCAUGUUGACAGCCCCCCAAGCUGCAGAACAUGCAAGGAAACAGAGUGUCAAGUUCCACAGGACAGAAGCAAACAGAAAUGCCACCAGCAACUCAAGAAAAACAAUGGACACAAUUUAGAAAAAACCAGAACUUUUAGUUUCAGGAAAGGAAGAUCAUGAGAAAGUAGGUUUUUCAAAUAAAUCAAAUGAGACCAGACCCCACUAACAGAGCUUCUGGUUUCAGGCAGCCUGGUCCUAUCCAAGUUUACUCUGAAGUUCAUGGGCUUUCAGAUAGGAUUGCAGCCUUAAGGUGCUUUUGGAAGUUACAGCUGUGCUGUCCCAGAACCUUAUAUUUAACAGGCUUAACUGUUGCUUUAGGAAUUCCUACAGGUGUUUAUCUCCCACCUCUAUUUAGAUAUUUUAGCCACAUCUCACUUACACUCUGCCUCCUCUUGGAAUUUCACCAUUGUGGCAGAAACCUCUCUCCAGUCGAUAAAAGCAGGGGAGUGUCAUAAAUAAAAACAAUAAUUUAUCCAAUGCAGACAUUUGAUUGCAGAUGUCCUUCCUAUCCAUGACCCUGAUAAGUUGUUCCAGUGCUUCUAAUCUCAGUCACAGUAGUUUAGUUAGCCUUCUCUGUUCUACUCAUAUUUAAACCUUAGAAGUCUCAUUUCUGUAAACACAACAUACACAUGUUGCUUUUCCCUAUUGGCUACCAGUUCCAUAUGUUAGAAAAAAGGGAGCUUCAAGCACUAGGAGCCAGGGAGUUUCCAACAAUUGCUUUAACAACAGUUGUAGCAGUUUACAGUUUGUUUUCUUUCCACAACUGCAGUGCUUUUUUCUGGCGGUACUCAAAUGUAUGCCACAAAUAAAAAUAAAUUUGAUUAUCUCA